AUGGACUCUCAACCGGAAUGUUCUCCGGUUUGAGAACUCGCGAAAAUAAUUCACUACCUUUCUCUCUUAAUUGAUGACCGAGAUAACCGACAGUAACAGGGAGCACGUACGUGGAACACUGUAGAUGAUGUUUGGAAAUUAAGAAAAGGAUGUGGUAGAUUAGAGUCUGGAUAACGUUGGAAGAUAAGGUUCUCUGCUUGGAACUGAGUGGACGAUUUCCUGCUUCCUUUGACACUGGAGUACUACUUAGAGCAGUUGGAACGAAUACUUCAGAAUUUUCUUUUGUAGAAAUUUUACAGAUGCAGCUUUCAGGGAUUGAUGCAUUUUUGAAUUUUGCAACUCAGGAAACGGAAAGAGAUAUCCAGAUUGAUAAGAAUGGACAUAAAGUUAAGUGAUCCACGUUCCAAGGUAUAAGCAGGAUCAAGAAACCGACGUUGAAGACAAAAGGAGAGAAACAAAAUGAAAAUUGGAAGAAAGACGGAUGAACUUAGCAGCGUGAAAGAUUGUGCAGGUUUGACGGAUGAAAGGAAAAGAUAAACUCUUUCUCUCUCUCUUUCUCUC